AAAAUGUUAUGACAGUCUCCAGACAAAUGAGUUCCCAUAUAAAAGACAAAUCAUUUGGAAAAUUAGCCAAAACUAUACUUAACACACAAUUGAAUGAAAUAUGUGUUAAUCCAUUCAUCAAUAAAAUUCAAUUCACAAAAUUUGAUUAUUUAAAGAUCUAUGUUUUUGGUUCAAUAUUAUUCUUAGUGAGAAUUAUUCCAAUGUUAUUAUGUAUAGCAUUGUCCGCUAUUUUAGCCUCAAUUUUCUUUCAUUUAUUAAACUUAUUAAGUCUAUUACGGAUUCCCACAAACACUUUAAGAAAAGUAGCCAAUUUUAUAGUUUAUGGUAUUCUUCGUAUUUGUUUAUUUUUUGGCGGAUUUUAUUGGAUUAAAGUGAGCGACAAAAGUAAGAAAAGUGCUGUAAAACCAAACAUUAUAGCAAUAGCACCGCACACGACAUUUUGGGAUAUGAUAUCAAUGCUUAAACUGGGAAUUCCAGCCAUUGUCUCCAGAAUCGAGAACUCGAGGAUCCCUUUCAUCGGAAGUAUUAUAAAACUAAGUGAUCCAAUAUAUGUCAAUAGAGAAGACAGAGAAUCGCGAUCUCAAGCAACGAAUGAUAUCAAAGAGAGAGCAAUGAAAGGCAAGAUUUUGUUGUUCCCGGAGGGCACCUGUAUUAAUGGCAAUACACUGAUUCAGUUCAAAUUGGGUGCAUUUUUACCACAAUUGCCGGUACAACCAGUAGUUCUAAAAUGGGAUAACGGAAAACACGAUCUCAAGUCUUGGGUUGAAGAGGGACCGUCACUAUUGAAGAUUCUGUACUAUUCAUUGUCACAGAUGUGGAUCAACUGCGAGAUAAUCAAAUUAGAGCCAUAUUUUCCAAAUGAAGAAGAAAAACUUAACGCUUCACUCUUUGCAAAUAAUGUUCAAAAAGUUAUGUGCGAUGAGUUAGGAGUCAUUCAGUCGUUUUAUACCUACGAUGACGUUAUGUUUAUGGGCUUUGCUAAUGAAAUUCGACUCUUCCGGAGUCCUGUUUGCAUAAAGCUAUUAAAAGUUUGCUAUAAAAUGGCAAAAGAGUCGACUAUUGACAGCAAUUUCGCUAAUUUAAGCAAAAAAAUUAAGGCACCAAAGUUUGCGCCCAUUUUCCAGAAUUUAAAUUACUUGGGAAUUGGAGAAGAUUUUGACCAUGGAGUAUAUGUGCCUGACUUUUAUGUGCCAAAAGCAUUACUCAAUAUAUCGGGAAAAAAGACAAAAUCAAAAAAAGUCAUCCAAAAGAAGAGAUUGGAGAACGACUCGAAUGCAAAACGAUUGCCAUUGAGUGGAGUCAUCCGUAAAGAGUUUGACAUCUCUAAGACUGUACCACAGUUUGCACUGACCAGUGAUGUGGCACAAGAAAAACGAUACGUUUACGAGACUUUCUGCCAUAAAAUACAGACCUGUAUUAAUGAUAUUGAAAAAAAGGGAGAAAUCAGGACAAUUGAGUCGACUGAAGAUUUGGCACAAUUGUUAGGAUAUGAUAAAUCCUCAAAAAUAGUUAAAUCGUCGGCUUUUGUUGAUUUACUUAAAGCACUUGAAUUCUCGACAGUCGACGGACCGACAACUCUUCAUUUAUUAGCUGUUCUUCAUCUCUGCGAUUGCAGAGAACCAGAUCUUUGGGAACGAAUAAGGGCUGCCAUAAACUUACUGUCUCUACACAUGAAGACAUCCAAAUCUGAUGAUAAAUUUCGUCCGGAAAGUCCAGAAUCCGAAGCGACACUCAAUUUGUUGAACUUUAAGACAUUGUUGUGGUAUUCGCUUGGAUUACAACAAUUCAACGACAGAUUCUUCGUUAAACAUGAUUUUGAUUUUCAGUAUAUCCGUCAAAAUAUGAAGCGAUUAUUCAAACGAGCCGUCGAUGAGAACGCACAGUCUCUCGAAUAA